AUGAGGCAGCACGCACAGCCGAUUGCGGACAGCCUUGUGCGCGAGGUCGCAAAACCGGCCAAGCAGAGCCUGGACGAGGUCGUCAGGUCUGCCGACCUCAUAGACUACACGGCGGAGGAGGGCGCGCGCGCCCUGGGGGCAGGGGAGCUGCUGACCUCGGACUCCUUCCCGGGGCAGACCCGCAACAAGCUGUGCCUCGUAUCAAAGGUGCCCCUAGGCGUCGUCCUCGCGAUCCCGCCCUUCAACUACCCAGUCAACCUCGCCGCGUCCAAGCUGGCGCCCGCCCUCAUGGCGGGCAACGCGGUCGUGCUCAAGCCGCCCUCCCAGGGCGUGGUCGCUGGGGCCCACAUGAUGCAGUGCUUUGCAAAGGCGGGGCUGCCCAAGGGCCUCGUCAACAUGGGCUCGGAGAUCGGGGACUACCUGACGCUGCACCCGCUGGUCUCCUGCAUCAGCUUCACGGGGGGCGACACCGGGAUUGCGAUCGCGCGGCGCGCGGGGAUGGUGCCGCUGCAGAUGGAGCUGGGCGGGAAGGACGUCUGCAUAGUGUGCAGCGACGCUGACCUGGACUUGGCGGCAAAGUCGAUCCUCAAGGGCGGCUUCUCAUUCAGCGGGCAGCGCUGCACUGCGGUGAAGCUGGUGCUGGUGGUCAAGGAGGUUGCGGAUGCGCUCGCCGCAAAGGUGGCUGCAGGCGUGGCCAAGCUGACCGUGGGCGACCCCAAAGACGAUGUUGACAUAACCCCUGUAAUCAGUGACAGCAGCGCGGACUUCAUUGAGGGGCUGGUGGAGGACGCCAGGGCCAAGGGGGCCAAGUUCCUCACACCCUACAGGAGGGAGGGCAACUUGAUCUGGCCCACCCUGCUGGACCACGUGACCCCCGAGAUGCGCAUCGCCUGGGAGGAGCCCUUCGGCCCCGUGGUGCCCAUCAUGAGGGUUGACUCGGUUGACCAGGCCGUCGCGCACUGCAACGCCAACAACCUCGCGCUGCAGGGCUGCGUGUUCACGCGGGACGUCAACAGGGCGAUCGCCAUCAGCGACGCCAUGGAGACCGGCACAGUGCAGAUAAACGCUGCGCCGGCGCGCGGCCCAGACCACUUCCCAUUCCAGGGCUUCCGCGACAGCGGCAUCGGCAGCCAGGGCAUCCGCAACAGCCUCGCCAUGAUGGUCAAGAUCAAGUCAACCGUCAUUAACCUCGACAAGGACUCUUACGCACGGGGGUGA